UAUUCUUUUGUUCUGAAAUAAAAUAGAUUAGAUUCAUUUUUAAUUGUGCUUAGAGUAGCAGAUUUUCUGGUGAUUUCAUAACAACAUUGUUUUUUCAUAUUACAUAAACUGGAGAAUAUUUCAUUUGGAUAAACUACACAUAAAUGGAAUCUAUAAAAAUGGCUAAACUUGACGAAAAAAUCGGCUUCAUUGGUGGUGGCAAUAUGGCAUACGCCAUUGGCUCUGGUCUCAUCAAUCAGGGAAUCGUUAAGGCAGGACAAGUAUUUGUCUCCGGUCCAAAUCUAGAAAAUCUUCAACGUUGGCGUGAUAUUGGAGUGGCCACAACAGAAGACAAUAAUGUAAUUGUAGAUAAAACUGAUAUUAUAUUUAUAUGUGUAAAACCUCACAUUCUGACACCUUGUGCUAUGCAAUUAAGAAAUAAUCAUGUAAGAACAGCCAAGGAUAAAGAUAAGUUAUUUGUGUCAGUAAUAGCUGGUGUAAAUUUAAAGGACUUGGAAGAGAGUUUCUCAUUUAUAGAUUGUUUGAAAAUGAUACGCACUAUGCCCAAUACACCCAUGCAAGUUGGUGAAGGUUGCACUGUUUAUACGGCCGGUUCUUAUAUAGUGCAACAGGAUUUGGAAAAAGUUCAUUUAAUGUUAAAUUCUUUGGGUAUAGCCCAACAAGUACCCGAGUCAAUGAUUGAUGCUGUGUCAGGGGUAUCAGGCUGUGGUCCUGCUUUUGUAUACACCAUUAUCGAAGCUUUAGCUGAUGGUGCUGUUAAAAAUGGUGUUCCUCGCCAAAUGGCUUUACAGUUUGCCACACAAACUGUUUUGGGAGCAGCAAAGACUGUUAUGAUUACCGGUAAACAUCCCGCCGUGUUAAGAGAUGAAGUCUGCUCCCCCGGUGGAGCUACAAUUGUGGGUGUGCAUGAAUUAGAGAAAGGAAACUUAAGAUCUACCCUAAUGAAUGCCGUUGAAAAAGCUUCCCAACGUGCCGCAGAACUUGGACGUAAAGGUAAAUAAGUUAAUUGUACUUAAUAUUAUGUCCUUGGAGUUACAUCUAAUAUAUGUUUGGUGUUGAAUAAAUAAAAAAACAAAUAAUUCCA